AAGCCCGGCCGGCCUCUGCAGCCCCACAUUCCUGCCUGUGAUCUCACUAGCAACACGCGCUCUCCACUUUUACAAAUUUCCCAAUAUGUCUUACUACGCCAACAACGAAUACAUCAUCGCGACCAACAACUCGAUGAACGAGAACAAAUAUAACAGCGAGAAGAUGAAGAACAGCGGCUUCAAGGCUCUGUUGAAGCCUUUGAUGAAAAUCAUUAAGAAAACAACGAAGCGAGUUCCCGCCAAAACCUGCGACACGUGUUACGAGGACGAGCAGAACUCUAGCAACGAAUUACUCGAACGCAAGAUCUACGCUGAGAUGGAAGCGUGCCAGAAUGGAGCCGCCUUCCUCGUCUACAACGAAGACGCCACUUGCAACGUUGUGCCAGUCACCCCUGACAACUUCUACAUCCCAGUGCAUUUCGCCAGGACCGACGCCGGCACCUUUUUCUGGACCACUGUCUCCAAACAAGAAGCAGACUUCGCAGAAGCACACUGCUACACAGAGUGCCAGACAGCCGAACAGCAGUACCCCGUCUACCAAGACCGCUGGGUCCAAGCAUAAGUCUUCUGACCACAACAAUCAGUGUCUUCCAGUGAAACCAGUGCCAGUUGGUUUCUGCAACCGUCUGUGAUGUUAGCUUUAGGUAGUUCAAGGUGCCAUAUAGGGAUAAGUUAGGGUUUAGCACUCAAACGUGAUAAUUCUUCGAAAGCUUUAAUUUUUUUAUUGUAUUUCGAUUGUGUUGUGAUAUUUUUUAAACACAUUUUUAGUAUUGAUAAACUGUAGCUGUAAUGAGCUUAAUGUGAUCUUCCUUAUCUAAGCUUUAAUUGUUUUAGGGUUAAUAAUUUAUUGAAACUUGACUCAAUUUUGUGUCAAAAGCGUUGAAAAUAAAAAUGAAUAUUGAAUAUA